CCCUCCCUCCCUUUUCAUUUAGCGUCAGUUGGGAGGCCUCGCCCCGCCGCAAGGGCCGACGGGAAAACAUGUGGUCGCCACCCGCCAUUCAUCACUUCCUCCUCUCAGCGGCAAAAAGGGACUGAGGCCUCGCUCGCAAGGGCCGAUGGGAAAAGCCGGGAAGGGGGAUGAAUAAAUGUGGUGCGAGCGGGAGGGAAAUGGAGGCUUGGGGAAGAGCGCAAGGCCUGCUGGGAAGUGAAGUUCGCGCCGUUUGAAGGGUCAGGGCCUAAACGAAGUCUCCACAAAUCAUGUUGGGUUUCUGUUGGCCUUCGCGCUCUUCUUGCCUAGACAUGGAGGACGUGGCCCAAGAAACGCUCGUAUCAAUGUGACUCACGCUCCUUAGCCAGACUCAAAAUGGAGGGCCUUUUGGCAUUCUGGACUAAAGGCUGAAAUGGACAGGCCUUGGGAAAAGAGGGCCUCUGGUCACCCUCAGCUCAAAGGAGGGCAGCUAGGCACUGCGAAAUGGAGGCCAAAAUAAGAGCUCAAAACACUCAUAGAUACAAGUUCAUGCUUCUGAGUCUUGCUCAAAACGGCAAGCCUUUUGGGAUCCCUCCUGGAUGGGAUGGAAGGCUGGGAUGUAGGGAAAGGGGCCUCCAUGCUGUGCAUGUGAUGUCAGCUCCUAGUAAAUCGUCAGAUCCUCCUGAUGAUGAUGCACAGGGCAUUCGAUUACCACCUAUUGCUGUGCCUUCCACAUCCAAGGAGCUGACGGAAAAGCAGAAAAAACUGAUGAAAUACAGAAGAGUCAAGGAACAGCAAAAGAUGCUUAAUAAGAUCAUAGUGAACACAGCCACAAAAGAGUACUCAGAUGCCCUAGAAGAAUUUGCUAGAAGAGAGCGUCAACCUCCUAUUCCACAAUUGCCUUAUACUAUGAACAGUGAGCAGAAACAAAUAAGAACCAACUACCUCUUUCUGAAGAAAUGUGUAGAAAGUAAUCCAGUGGUGCCUAUUCAGCAAGAAUGGUUACAGUCCAUGCUCACUUUGGUACCACAGCAUCUAAUGGAAGGCAAGGACAGAGAGAAACUUGUGGAAGAGCUCUUAGAUGAGGUAACAAAUGAUUACGAAAUGAGCAUGAAGAGAUAUAUGGUGCGAAGUGUUCUUGUGAAGCCCAAUGUAAAGUUGCUUGAAUAUGAGAAAGAAGGACCUUUGCCCGUUGAACCUGUUGGACUAGAUUUUUCCAGGCCUUGGCACACAAGCUUUUUACAAGCAAGAAAACAGAUUCUUGAAAAUUUACAUAUUCUUCACCCAACUCUAAGAAUUUUACUGGAUAUUGGUUACAAAACCUUUUCUAAGUUACUUGUUGUAGAUCUAUCAGGUUUCAGAUCAAAAGGUCCACUUGAAUAUGAAUCACUUCAAAAUGAUGUGUCUAUAAUCUGCUUAAAAACAGAAGAAAAGAUACUGAACACAUGGUACCCAAGGGUUAUUAAUCUCUUUACAAGAAAAGAAGCAUUGGAAGGUGUAAAGCCUGACCAAAUUGACUCAUUCUAUAACUGUGUGGCUACACUUAUGUCUAACCAGCUGAAAGAUUUAUUGAAAAGAACUGUUGAGGCCUAUGUUCAGCUAUUUGAUUUUGAUGACCAACGAUGGCUACUUUUGUUUAAGAUGGAACUGACUUUUGAUGAUGAGAAGAUGGACUUCUAUCCAAGCUUUCAAGAUCUGGAAGAUUCUAUUUUGUAUAUAGUUACUUUGAUUGCACAGACUCUGCAGCAUGUCCAGACUAUACAUUCUUGGCUAGGAGGUACAACUACAGUCACGGCUAUUGAUACUGAACUUCCUGAACAUGUUAUAGCAUGGGCAUCAUCUGUACUGAAGAAAGCCGUUCAAGAAAACUUGAAAGGUGCAAAAGCACAUUUUGAUUUUUAUGUAGAGAAGUAUGGCUGGCUUGUAGAUGGUGCUGCAGAUGACCGAAUAAGAACAUUUGUAGCAGAAGAGCACAGCUUUGAUGAAUAUGCAGAGUUUAUAGAUGAAUUCUUCACUCUUGCAAAGGAAAUAAUGAGCUUGCCAAUGAUAGCUCAUUUCCCCUUGGUGCGUUUAGAGUGUGAAGACCUCAAGCAAGGAUUGUGUGACAAAGCAAAAAACUUUGCAUAUCAGCUAUUGAACAUAAUAGCACUAAAUCACAAAAGCGAAAAUGAAUUGAUAUGUAAUGAAUUUGAAACUAUUAAAGAGCGGGCACUGAAAGUUCCUGAGACAACUGAAGAAAUGAUGGAAAGCAUAGCCUAUAUAGAAAAGGCUAAAACCAUAGGUAUCCAGAAGUUAUAUGAAAGGAUCAAGGAUAGCCAACGGCGAAUGAAUUAUCUCCUUGAUGUGUAUAUAUUUGAGGGAGAAGAUUUGGCUCUGAAUGCAGAUGUUUUAUUAUGGCCUCACAAUAUUAAUCCCAUCUUCGAUGAAAAUGAUGAUAUUAUUGAACAAUCUAAACGUAAAAGUGAAAAUGAAUUAUUGGCCAAACGUGAGAAAUUGAUACUGGAAAUAGAAAGGCAGACUCGCCGUAUGCAGGAGUUCACAGAAUACUCUGAUUUGGAUCGUAUGCAACAGUAUGUAACAGACAUGAGAACACUGCAGAAACGCAUACAAGAUGCUGAUGAAGCUGUUGUUUUUAUUAAUAAAGAAGAGAAGCUUUUAAAUUGGGAAGUGACGGAAUACCCAGAUUUGGAAACCUUAAAAGUUAACAUUGAGCCCUAUCAAAAACUUUUUGUUUUUAUACUGAAAUGGCAGCGGACUGAAAAACGCUGGAUGGAUGGUGCUUUUUUAGACCUCAAUGGGGAAAAGAUGGAAACUGAGGUGGAUGAAUUUUUUCGAGAUAUUUAUAAGACACUCAGGUUCUUUCAACAAAAGCUAAAGAAAGCUGAAAUAGAAAGAAAAAAAUCAAUGCGCAGAGCAGUUGUAGAAGAGAGAGUGGAAGAAGAAAAGAAGGACAGUCCAACUAUUUCAAUGUGUUCUGCAGUUAUGGAGCAGAUAAAAGAUUUCAAAGAAAAUAUCCCAUUAGUUAGUAUCCUCUGUAACCCAGGAAUAAGGACUCGUCAUUGGAAACAGAUGUCAGAAAUUGUUGGUUAUGAUUUAACACCAGAUUCUGGAAGUACCUUAAGAAAAGUUUUAAAGCAGAACCUUACCCCAUAUUUGGAGCAAUUUGAAACCAUAAGUAUGGGAGCAAGCAAGGAAUUUUCAUUAGAAAAAGCAAUGCACACUAUGAUGGAGGUCUGGGAGUCAAUUUCCUUCCAAAUAAGCUUAUAUCGUGAGACUGGAGUUAAUAUUCUGUGUGCAGUUGAUGAAAUUCAGACUAUUCUUGAUGACCAGAUUGUAAAAACACAGACUAUGAAGGGAUCACCUUUUAUCAAGCCAUUUGAAAAACAAAUCACGGAAUGGGAAGAACGCUUGGUUAGAAUUCAGGAGACUAUUGAUGAGUGGUUGAAAGUCCAAGCUCAGUGGCUCUACUUGGAACCAAUCUUUUCUUCUGAAGACAUUAUGCAACAGAUGCCAGAGGAGGGACGUCAGUUCCAGACUGUUGAUAGAUACUGGAAAGACAUUAUGAGAUACUGUGCCAAAGACCCCAAGGUUCUUGCUGCUACUUCAUUGACAGGCUUGUUGGAAAAGCUUCAGAACUGUAAUGAACUUUUGGACAAAAUUAUGAAAGGUCUGAAUGCCUAUCUUGAAAAGAAGCGGCUGUUCUUUCCCCGAUUUUUCUUCUUGUCUAAUGAUGAAAUGUUAGAGAUCCUUUCAGAGACUAAAGACCCUCUUAGAGUCCAGCCUCACUUGAAAAAGUGUUUUGAGGGCAUUGCUAAGCUGGAAUUUCUUUCUAACCUGGACAUUAAGUCAAUGUACAGUACAGAGGGGGAACGUGUGGAACUUAUUUCUACGAUUUCAACUUCUGAAGCUCGAGGGGCUGUAGAGAAGUGGCUAAUACAAGUAGAAGACAUAAUGCUGAAGAGUAUACAUGAUGUCAUUACAAGAUCAAGACUGGCAUAUCCAGAUAGACAAAGAAAAGAUUGGGUGAGAGAAUGGCCUGGUCAAGUAGUUCUCUGUGUCUCACAAAUGUUCUGGACAAGUGAAGUACAUGAAGCCAUAGUCAGUGGCUCAGAGGGCUUACAGAAUUAUUACAAUACUCUUCAGCACCAGUUAAAUGAUAUUGUAGAGCUGGUAAGAGGGAAAUUGUCUAAACAAACAAGAACUACACUGGGCGCACUGGUCACUAUUGAUGUGCACGCCCGGGAUGUUGUCAUGGAAAUGAUUGAAAGUGGUGUGUUGCGUGAAACAGAUUUUCAGUGGCUUGCUCAGUUGCGGUAUUAUUGGGAGCAUGAGAAUGUCCGAGUGCGCAUCAUCAAUUGCAAUGUAAAAUAUGCUUAUGAGUAUCUUGGCAACUCUCCUCGACUUGUCAUAACACCUCUUACAGACAGAUGCUACCGUACUCUGAUUGGAGCAUUUUAUUUAAACCUUGGGGGUGCUCCAGAGGGCCCAGCUGGGACAGGUAAAACAGAGACGACCAAGGAUUUGGCUAAAGCUCUUGCUGUCCAAUGUGUUGUCUUCAACUGUUCUGAUGGCCUUGAUUACCUAGCUAUGGGAAAGUUUUUCAAAGGUUUGGCUUCUUCUGGAGCUUGGGCCUGCUUUGAUGAAUUCAAUCGCAUUGAACUGGAAGUGCUAUCUGUGGUGGCUCAACAGAUCCUUUGCAUACAGAGAGCUAUACAGAUGAGGCUGGAAAUAUUUAAUUUUGAAGGCACAGAACUGAAACUUAAUCCCAACUGUUUUGUUGCAAUUACCAUGAAUCCAGGUUAUGCAGGUCGCUCUGAAUUGCCAGACAAUCUCAAGGUCCUUUUCCGAACAGUAGCCAUGAUGGUUCCUAAUUAUGCCCUCAUUGCUGAAAUCUCUCUCUACUCCUAUGGAUUUCUGAAUGCUAAGCCACUAUCAGUGAAAAUAGUGAUGACCUACAGAUUGUGCUCAGAACAGCUUUCAUCUCAGUUUCAUUAUGACUAUGGUAUGCGUGCUGUGAAAGCUGUACUAAUAGCUGCUGGUAACCUAAAGCUGAAAUUCCCAUCAGAGAAUGAAGAUAUACUUCUCCUUCGAUCAAUCAAAGAUGUAAAUGAGCCAAAAUUUUUAUCACAUGACAUUCCUCUUUUCAUGGGUAUCACUAGUGAUUUAUUCCCUGGUGUUAAGCUUCCUGAAGCUGACUACAAUGAUUUUUUGGAAUGUGCACAUGAAUGUUGUAAAGAGCAUAAUGUCCAACCUGUCAAAGUUUUUAUUGAGAAAAUGAUACAGACCUAUGAAAUGAUGAUAGUGAGACAUGGUUUUAUGCUUGUAGGGGAGCCUUUUGCUGGGAAGACCAAAGUUUUGCAUGUGUUGGCAGAUACACUUUCCCUUAUGAAUCAGCGUAGCUAUGGAGAUGAAGAAAAAGUGGUACACAGAACUGUAAAUCCAAAAUCCAUUACUAUGGGACAGCUUUUUGGACGAUUUGACCCUGUAUCUCAUGAGUGGACAGAUGGUAUAGUGGCGAACACAUUUCGGGAAUUUGCUUUAACUGAAACACCUGACCGUAAAUGGGUUAUUUUUGAUGGUCCUAUUGAUACGCUUUGGAUAGAGAGCAUGAACACUGUGUUGGAUGACAACAAAAAGCUUUGUUUGAUGAGUGGUGAAAUCAUCCAGAUGUCACCUCAGAUGAGUCUGAUCUUUGAAACUAUGGACCUCUCUCAGGCUUCACCUGCUACAGUCAGUCGUUGUGGAAUGAUCUACUUGGAGCCUUUACAACUGGGCUGGAAGCCACUUGUAACAUCUUGGUUGAACAAACUUCCUGAACCCUUGGAAGAGAAGGAGUAUCAAGAACUUUUGAGUGAUCUUUUCAACUGGUUUAUUCCACCUGCAUUAAGAAUUCGUCAGAAAAAAUGCAAAGAGUUAGUUCCAACAAGUAAUAGCAAUAAUGUGGUAUCUCUCACUCAGCUUUUGGAAAUGUUGCUUUGUGACACUGUGCAAAAGGAUCCUAGCAAUAAAAACAUCCAGAAGUGGAUUACGGGUUGUUUUGCAUUCUCCCUGAUUUGGUCCAUUGGUGCAACCUGUGAUGGUGAUGGUCGGAUUGUGUUUGAUGGUUUCAUAAGGGAUAUUGUCACGGGGAAGUUAGACCAACAUCCAGUACCAGCAUCUGUGGGCAAAUGGGAACAUCCAUUUGAAGAGAAAGGCUUGGUGUAUGAUUACAUGUUUGAGAUGAAAGGCAAAGGUCGUUGGGCUCAUUGGAAUGAACAUCUUAAAACCAUCCAUCUUGGUGAUAAAAAUAUUAAGGUUCAGGACAUUAUUGUUCCAACAAUGGACACAGUCAGAUAUACUUAUUUGAUGGAUUUGUGCAUUCAACAUGGAAAAGCAUUGCUUUUUGUAGGACCAACAGGUACUGGGAAAUCUGUGUAUGUGAAAGACAAGCUAAUGAAUCAUUUAGAAAAGGACCUCUACUUCCCAUUCUUUGUCAAUUUUUCUGCUAGAACCAGUGCCAAUCAAACUCAGAAUAUUAUCAUGGCCAGGCUGGACAAAAGACGGAAAGGAAUAUUUGGACCACCUAUGGGAAAGAAAUGUAUCAUCUUUGUAGAUGAUAUGAAUAUGCCUGCAUUGGAGCAAUAUGGAGCUCAGCCUCCUAUUGAACUUUUAAGACAGUUUUUUGACCAUGGAAUCUGGUAUGACCUGAAAGAUACAAAUAAAAUUGUCCUUGUUGACAUACAAUUAAUGGCUGCCAUGGGUCCACCAGGUGGUGGAAGAAAUCCAGUCACUCCUCGUUUUCUUAGACACUUCAAUAUUUGCACCAUUAAUACCUUUAGUGAUGAAACCAUGGUCCGGAUUUUCUCCACUAUUGUGUCUUUGUACCUAAGAGCAAAUGAGUUUCUCCCAGAAUAUUUUACCAUUGGGAACCAAAUUGUCAGCGGCACUAUGGAGGUGUAUAAGAAAGCCAUGGACAACCUAUUGCCAACACCUGCUAAAUCACAUUAUACGUUUAAUCUGCGGGAUUUUUCUCGAGUUGUCCUAGGCUGUUUGCUCAUUAAGAAGGAUUCAGUUAUAAGCAAGCAUACAAUGAUUCGUCUCUUCGUGCAUGAAGUAUUUCGAGUAUUUUAUGAUCGCCUUGUAGAUGACAUCGAUAGAGCCUGGUUGUUCAAACUAACAAAACAGAUUGUGAAAGAACAUUUCAAAGAAUCAUUUGAUUCAGUAUUUGAACAUCUGAGAAAACAAAAUGCACCUGUAACUGAAGAAGAUAUGAGAAAUCUGCUGUUUGGGGACUACAUGAAUCCUGAUCUUGAAGGAGAUGAAAGAAUUUAUUUUGAAAUCCCAAGUGUACAGAUGUUCAAUGACGUUGUGGAUCUCUGUUUGGAUGAAUAUAACCAAACUCACAAAACAAGAAUGAACCUGGUCAUUUUUAGGUAUGUGCUGGAACAUUUGUCUCGCAUAUGCCGAGUGCUAAAGCAGUCAGGAGGUAAUGCCUUACUUGUUGGAAUGGGAGGAAGUGGGCGCCAAUCCAUGACUCGUUUGGCUACAUCAAUGGCAAAAAUGAAUAUUUUCCAACCAGAAAUCUCCAAGAGCUAUGGAAUGAAUGAAUGGAGGGAAGAUGUAAAGACUCUUUUUAGGAGUGCAGGAGUGAAGGGCUUGAAAACUGUGUUUCUGAUCACAGACACACAAAUUAAAGAAGAAGGGUUUUUGGAAGAUGUUGACAGUGUGCUUAAUACCGGAGAAGUCCCCAACCUUUUUGCAGCUGAUGAAAAACAAGAAGUUAUGGAGGGCGUUCGUGCCGUAGCCCAGGCAGGCAGCAAAGGUGAAGAGCUUGGUCCCUUGGCCUUAUUUGCCUUUUUUGUGAAUCGGUGCAAAGACAAUCUCCAUGUUGUGGUAGCUUUCAGUCCAAUUGGAGAUGCUUUUCGCAACCGGCUUAGACAGUUCCCAUCUCUCAUCAACUGCUGUACUAUUGACUGGUUCCAGCCAUGGCCUGAAGAUGCUCUUGAACGUGUAGCUAUCAAGUUCUUGGAAAAGCUUGAGCUCACAGAAUAUGAACGUCAAGAAGUUGUUCCUAUCUGUAAACACUUCCAUACAUCUGUGUUGUCACUUUCAGAAAGGUUUUUGCAGGAGUUGGGACGACAUAACUAUGUUACUCCUACUUCUUAUCUUGAACUUAUAGCUUCUUUUCAACAACUUUUAACUCAAAAUCGAGAUACUAUCAUGAAGGCAAAGAAACGAUAUACUAAUGGCUUGGACAAACUAGCUUUUGCUGAAUCUCAGGUUGGAGAAAUGAAGCAAGAACUAGUUGAUUUGCAGCCUAAAUUGGAACAAGCUAAAGUGGAUAAUGCAAACAUGAUGAAGGUAAUUGAGAAAGAGUCUGCAGAAGUUGAAGCAAAAAGCAGAACUGUGAAAGUAGAUGAAGAGCUUGCAACAGAAAAAACUGCAGAAGCCCAGGCACUGAAGAAUGAAUGUGAGAGUGACCUUGCAGAGGCAAUUCCAGCAUUAGAAGCAGCAUUAUCUGCACUGGACACUUUGAAGCCCUCAGAUAUUACAAUAGUAAAGUCAAUGAAGAAUCCACCUUCUGGUGUUAAACUUGUUAUGGCUGCCAUCUGUGUAAUGAAGGAUAUAAAACCUGAAAAAGUUGCAGACCCUUCAGGGAUUGGAGGCAAGAUUUUAGACUAUUGGGGACCUAGCAAAAAACUUUUGGGUGAUAUGAAUUUCCUAAGAGAUUUGAAAGAGUAUGACAAGGAUAACAUUCCAAUAUCCGUGAUGCAGAAGAUUCGUGCUGAGUAUCUAACUAAUCCUGAAUUUGAUCCACCCAAAGUAGCUAAAGCAUCUUCAGCAGCAGAAGGCUUAUGUAAAUGGAUUAUGGCAAUGGAAGUUUAUGACAGGGUAGCAAAGGUGGUUGCGCCUAAGAAGGCCCGUUUAGCAGAAGCACAGCAGUCAUUAGCACAGACUAUAGCAUUACUGAAUCAGAAAAGAAAUGAACUUAAAGCUGUUGAAGAUCGCUUGGAAGCUUUGCAACAAACAUUUGCCGAUAAAACAGAAGAAAAGGCCCGUCUGGAGUUUCAAGUGGAUUUGUGUGCGAAGAAGUUAGAAAGAGCAGAAAAGCUGAUCGGAGGACUUGGGGGAGAAAAAUCAAGAUGGUCUAAUGCUGCAAAUGAUCUUCAAAACACCUAUGAUAAUUUGACUGGAGAUGUGUUGGUAUCGGCAGGCGUGAUUGCAUAUCUAGGAGCCUUUACUGCUGGUUUUCGACAAGAGUGUUCUCAAGAUUGGAGCAAACUUUGUAAGGACAAAAAUAUCCCUUGUUCUGAGACCUUCUCUCUGAGUAAGACGCUUGGUGAUCCGAUAAAAAUCAGAGCCUGGAAUAUUGCAGGUCUUCCAACAGACCAGUUUUCUAUAGACAAUGGUGUAAUUGUUAACAAUUCUAGACGUUGGCCCUUAAUGAUUGAUCCCCAAGGUCAAGCAAAUAAAUGGAUAAAAAAUUCUGAAAAAGAAAACAGACUGAGUGUCAUAAAAUUCACAGACACAGAUUACAUGCGAACUCUGGAAAACUGCAUUCAGUUUGGAACUCCACUUCUGCUUGAAAAUGUUGGGGAAGAAAUAGAUCCUUCACUGGAACCUCUGUUGCUUAGACAAACCUUUAAACAAGGGGGCAUGGAUUGCAUUCGGCUCGGGGAGACCAUUAUUGAAUAUUCCUUCGAUUUCAAAUUUUAUAUUACUACCAAAUUAAGGAAUCCACAUUAUUUGCCUGAAUUAGCUACAAAAGUGUCUUUGCUCAAUUUCAUGAUUACUCCAGAAGGACUUGAAGAUCAGCUUCUAGGUAUUGUUGUUGCAAAGGAGAGACCAGAAUUAGAGGAAGAACGGAAUGCUCUUAUUCUCCAGUCAGCUGCCAAUAAGAAACAACUGAAGGAUAUAGAGAAUAAAAUUUUAGAAACACUACAGUCUUCUGAAGGGAAUAUAUUAGAAGAUGAGUCCGCAAUUACAAUCUUGGACUCUGCCAAAAUUAUGUCUAAUGAAAUUACAAAGAAACAACAGAUUGCAGAAAAAACUGAAAUUCAAAUAGCACAGUCUCGAGAAGGCUACAGACCCAUUGCAAAACAUUCUUCUGUGUUGUUCUUCAGUAUUGCUGAUCUGGCUAAUAUUGACCCUAUGUACCAGUAUUCUCUCUCAUGGUUUGUAAACCUAUACAUCAACUCUAUUCAUGACAGCAACCGAUCUAAAAUCUUGGAAAAAAGGCUACGCUAUCUAAAUGACCAUUUCACGUACAACUUGUAUUGCAAUGUUUGCCGCUCCCUGUUUGAGAAGGAUAAGCUGCUGUUUUCAUUUUUACUGUGCUGUAAUCUCCUGAUGGCUAAAAAAGAAAUUGAACAUCAAGAAUUUAUGUUUUUAUUAACUGGAGGAGUUGGCCUCAAGAGCAAAUUCAAGAAUCCAGAUCCAUCUUGGCUACAAGAUAAAAGCUGGGAUGAAAUAUGCCGUGCAAGUGAUAUGCCUGCUUUUAAAGGACUACGGAGUCAUGUAGCUGCACAACUCAAUGAUUGGCGUAAAAUCUAUGAUAGUAAAGAACCCCAGAAUGUUACCUUACCAAGACCAUGGAAUACAUCCCUGAAUGAAAUAAAAAAGAUGAUUAUUCUCCGAUGCCUUAGACCUGACAAGAUUUCACCAGCCAUAACCACCUUUGUGACUGACAAACUUGGAAAAAAAUUUGUUGAGCCACCACCAUUUGACCUAACAAAAAGCUAUUUAGAUUCAAAUAGUACAAUCCCACUGAUUUUUGUGCUUUCUCCUGGAGCGGAUCCCAUGGCUAGUCUUCUGAAGUUUGCAAAUGACAAAAAUAUGAUUGGAAACAAGUUUCAGUCCAUCUCUCUGGGACAAGGCCAAGGACCAAUAGCAGCAAAAAUGAUAAGAGAAGGAAUGGAGGAAGGGACCUGGGUUUGUUUACAAAAUUGCCAUCUUGCUGUCUCCUGGAUGCCAAUGUUAGAAAAAAUCUGUGAAGAAUUUAACAGUGAAACUUGCCAUCCCAUUUUCAGACUCUGGCUGACAAGUUAUCCAUCACCCAAGUUUCCGGUAACCAUUCUACAGAAUGGUGUAAAAAUGACAAAUGAACCUCCAACAGGUCUUCGAUUAAAUUUGCUGCAGUCCUACCUCUCUGAUCCUCUUUCUGAUCCAGCCUUCUUUGCUGGGUGUCCUAAAAAGGAACUGAGAUGGGAGAAACUGCUCUUUGGAGUUUGCUUUUUUCAUGCCCUUGUUCAGGAAAGGAAGAAAUUUGGGCCUCUUGGAUGGAAUAUUCCAUAUGGGUUUAAUGAAUCAGACUUGCGUAUCAGUGUAAGACAGUUACAGCUGUUUGUAAAUGAAUAUGAAAAUGUUCCAUUUGAAGCAAUCACUUACCUUACUGGUGAGUGCAAUUAUGGAGGAAGAGUGACAGAUGAUUGGGACAGACGCCUGCUAUUGACUAUGCUUGCUGACUUUUACAACCCAGAAAUAGUUGAAAAUCCUCGUUACCCCUUUUCUCCUAGUGGCAACUACUAUGCUCCACCAAAGGGAACCUAUGAUGAGUACAUUGAAUUUAUUAAGAAUCUCCCUGUCAGUCAACAGCCAGAGGUAUUCGGUCUUCAUGAUAAUGUAGAUAUCUCAAAGGAUCUCCAACAAACAAAAGUCCUCUUUGAAUCUCUGAUACUAACACAAGGUGGAAGCACACAAACAGGAUCUUCGGGUGGCAGUGACAAUACUUUGUAUGAAAUUGCAGAUGACAUCCUCAGCAAAUUGCCAGGUGAUUAUGAUAUCGAAGCCGCACUUCUUAAGUAUCCUGUGAAAUAUGAAGAAAGUAUGAAUACUGUGUUGGUACAAGAAAUGGAACGCUUUAACAAUUUAAUACGUACCAUUCGUACAACUCUGGUGAAUUUGAAGAAAGCCAUUAAAGGAUUGGUUGUAAUGGAUUCUGAGCUGGAGGCCCUUUGUGCCAGUCUCCUUGUUGGAAAAGUUGCAGAAAUCUGGGCCAAGCGUUCAUACCCGAGCCUGAAACCACUGGGGAGUUACAUUCUGGAUUUUCUAGCUAGACUGAAAUUCUUACAGGACUGGUAUGACUCUGGAAAGCCCUGUGUGUUCUGGUUGUCAGGCUUCUUUUUCACACAAGCAUUUUUAACUGGAGCAAUGCAGAACUAUGCCCGGAAGUACACUAUCCCCAUUGAUCUAUUGGGAUAUGAGUUUCAGGUUAUUCCUAGGAUACUUCGAAUGUUGCUCCAGAAGUGUGUUUAUAUCCGUGGAUUAUUUUUAGAUGGGGCCCGUUGGGACAGACACCAAGGACUUCUUAGUGAACAACACCCUAUACUCUUUGACACAAUGCCAAUUAUUUGGAUAAAACCGACAAAAAAAUCAGACAUAAAGAAAACAAAUGCCUACAUGUGUCCACUCUACAAGACAAGUGAACGUAAAGGAACACUUUCAACAACUGGGCAUUCUACUAAUUUUGUCAUUGCACUAAUGCUGUUAACUGAUAAACCAGUCCAGCAUUGGAUUAAGAGAGGGGUGGCUUUGCUUUGUCAACUGGAUGACUAAUUUUGUAAAGUUCAGGAUCAAAUACUUACUAAACUGAAUGUAUAUGUUUGUUCUCUUUUUCUGUUUUCCUUAAGCAAGCAGCUAUUUUACAGAUGUAUUUAGGUCAUAUAGAGAUUAUAUUUUGUAUUGAAUAAAUGUUACU